GAGAAAGGGGAAAGAAUGAAGUAAAAUGAGAACCGAAUUUUCUGGAACUUACUACAUCAUCCUUUCAUUUCCUAUAAGAAUGCAUCAGUUCCUUUGCUCAUCAUCACUCCAGAAAAAAGUUACUUGAGUUCGAUCUCGCAACAGCCUUUGUGAAGUUUAAAAUCUCUGCCAAGUAUUACAAUCCUAAGCAUGUCGCUAAUUCCAAGUUUGUUCGGUGGGAGAAGGAGCAACGUCUUCGAUCCAUUCUCUCUGGAUGUGUGGGAUCCUUUCAAGGAUUUUCCUUUCCCUGAAUCUGGUCGAGAAAAUUCAGCAUUUGUGAGCACACGUGUGGAUUGGAAGGAGACCCCAGAGGCACACGUGUUCACUGCUGACAUUCCAGGACUGAAGAAGGAGGAAGUGAAGGUGGAGAUCGAAGAUGAUAAUGUUCUUCAGAUUAGCGGAGAGAGGAAUGUUGAGAAGGAAGAUAAGAAUGACACGUGGCAUCGCGUGGAGCGUAGCAGUGGGAAGUUCUUGAGAAGGUUCAGAUUGCCAGAGAAUGUAAAAGUGGAUAAAGUGAAGGCUUCUAUGGAGAAUGGUGUUCUCACUGUUAGUGUUCCCAAAGAAGAGAUUAAGAAACCUGAUGUGAAGGCCAUUGAAAUUUCUGGUUAAGGGUACUUUGUUACUUUGUUGAAAAUCUCAGAAUCCUGUCCUGUGUUGUUGAAGCUAUAAAAGUUCUGUAAAUGGUUGUUUUCAAAUAAAAUUUCAUUUUGACUACUUUGAUCUGCAA